CUACCUACAAUUUUCUCAAAAUCUUCGAUUCCCAUCCAAAUCCCUAACCCUAAUUCUCCCCUAUUUGCCUCCAUCCCCACCCUCACAAUGUCAACGGUUCCCGUCAACAACAACAAAAUAACUCUUCGAACAGCCGACAAUCACGAUUUCGAAGUGGAUGAAGCAGUGGCCAUGGAGUUCGGCACCGUCAAAACCUUCUUUGACGAAAAUCCCGAUGCCUCCGAUGAACCCAUUCCGCUCCCCAACGUCUCUUCCAAGUGUCUCUCAACAAUCAUUGAGUACUGUAAAUUCCAUCUAGCGCUCCGCGCCCGUGAUAACUCCUCGUCGGUGGAGGAUGAAGCCAAGGCCUAUGAUGAAGAGUUGGUCAAGGCUCACGACAAUGAGUCGCUGAUCGAGUUGAUCUUGGCAGUUAAUUAUCUGAAUAUUAAGGACAUGCUUGAUAUGCUGAACCAGGGCGCAGCUGACAGGAUUAAAAAUAAGAGCGUGCAGUAUGUGAGGAAGUUUUUCGGAAUAGAAAAUGAUUAUACGCCAGAGGAAGAGGCUGAGUUGAGGGCACAAUACCAAUGGGUGUUUGAAGGUGUCGAUCCGGACGAGGAUUGAUUGACUUUGAUGACCGGACGGUAGGCCGUGCACUAUCGAACUACGAUGCUGAAGGAGCAUGGCCCUAUCUUAUAGAUGAAUUUGUGGAAUACUUGAACGAGAAUGUCAUCUCUUAAAGAUCCAUUGUUAGUGUUGUUUAUGUCGCGAUGCCAACAUGGAAGUAAGUUUCUGAUUUUUCUGAAAAUAAGAUGCAAAAUACCUUGUGUGGUUUAAGCAUUUUUUUCUAAAUUACUGGAUUGAUUGUGCUUCUAUUUUUCUUUUCUUUUCUUUUUCGGGUUCAAUGGGGAUAAGAAAAUGUGUUGAUGGACUUUGGAUUACAUUUGUUAUUUGGACCUCUUAUUCUUAAUUAUGAAUUUUAAUUUAAUAUUUGGUAC